AUGGCCAAGACGUUGGAGAAGAAGCCUGUGCGCAAUUUUCCAUGCCCCAAAAAGGGCAAGAUGCGCAUGGCUCUAAAGCAGAAGCUGACGAAGAAGCCAGCGUCCAAGCUAACUCAAGGGAAGGCAUGGGCAUCGACUCCCUAUGUUCGGGACGGCGACAAGGCCCCUCGAGUUGACCGGCUUAAAUGGAAGCGGACCUUCCAAGAGCUUGCAGGCUUGACGGAGAAGGAGGCCAUCGAGCUUCUCAUGCGGGAUGGCCUCUUGCCGAGUUGGGAAGGAGCCAGCUGUCCAUUCUGCACAGAGGGUAUCGUGGGCCCGUUGCAGGAUAGAGACUCGGGGCUUCCACGCUACCGUUGCCGACGGCGGAAUUGCCACAAAUUUAUCACCCCGCAGCACUUGCACCCUUUGUUCUCAGCAACCCGGGGACCAGAAGGACAGACGCUUGGCCUCCAGGCGGGUCUGCUGCUUCUACUUCUUGCUGGCGUACCAUCCAGUAGUAUCCACCUCGUAACCCAAGUCAACCACAAAGUCGUGGAGCGUCUGCACAAGAGCUUGGCCUUUGUUCGCAAAGCUUAUGUGGAGCAUGUCCAAGCCGGUAUGGUCUUUGGUGGUAGGAAGAACGCCUGGCAGGAUGUGGAAGUGGACGAAACCUCUUUCGACAAGAAGCUCGUUCCCAUAGAUGAGGUUGAAGUACCAGAACGGAACAUGAAGUGGGAACAGCUAACCAAGAAGAGAUCGCCGGGGCCGGGACCUAUUCGGAAGGAUGAAUGGCGCAACAUCGCAGACAAGUGGCUCAAGGACAAGCAGAUCAUUCUACACACAGACAGUGCGAAAGCAUACAAGCAAAAGGUUCGUGGAGUACACCACGGGUCAGUCGUCCACCAGAAGAAGCGGGUUAAGGUCGGUGGCGUGUGGACGUGGCAGCAGCCGACAUACGUCAAGCUCAAGAAAAUCACUCUUCCCACCGGGCGAAAGCUGACUGUCAAGGUUGGCACGCAGAUCGUCGACCGCUCUUGGAAGUUCAUCAAGAGCCGUUUGAGGUUGAAUCAACAUGUCCAGACGGGCUCGGCAUACAUGCAGGCAUGCAUCAGGUCCGCUCAGUACGACUACUGGCACCGUGGCCAGGACCUUUGGACGUGCACGGGUGCUCUGCUGACGUGGUACAUGCGGAAGAUCCUGCAGUAG